AUGAAAGCUUCAAAGUCGAUUAUAUUCACAAUAGUUUACAUCCUCUUGAUCUCAAUUUCAUUGGUAACAUCAGAUUCAGCCCUGGAUAAUUUUCUGCAAUGCCUUCCGAAACAUUCCAAUGCUUCUAAACCAAUAACUGAUGCCAUAUACACUCUGAAUAAUUCCUCCUUUCAAUCUGUCUUGGAGUCAAGUGCAAACAACCUUAGAUUUUUAACUGCUUCAACUCCGAAACCAAUGGCCAUUAUAGCAGCCCUUGAUGAAUCCCAUAUCCAGGCUACCAUUAUUUGUGCAAAACAUUACGGAUUUCAAAUAAGAACUCGAAGUGGUGGCCAUGAUCAUGAGGGCCUUUCAUAUGUGUCUUAUGUUCCAUUUAUCAUACUUGAUCUGUUUAAUCUUCGGUCUAUCCAGAUUGAUUUGAAAAGUGAGACGGCAUGGGUUCAGACAGGGGCGACCAUCGGCGAGCUCUAUUAUCGGAUUGCAGAGAGAAGUCAAGUCCAUGGCUUCCCCGCUGGAGUGUGUCCUACUGUUGGCGUUGGUGGGCACGUUAGUGGAGGUGGCUAUGGGCCCUUGAUGAGAAAAUAUGGCCUCACCAUCGAUAACGUCAUCGAUGUACAAUUGAUUGAUGUCAAUGGCAGGAUCCUGAACAGAGAAUCUAUGGGAGAAGAUGUGUUUUGGGCCAUUAAUGGAGGUGGUGGGGCUAGUUUUGGGGUCAUCCUUUCAUGGAAAAUCAUACUGGUUCGUGUUCCUACUAAAGUUACUGUUUUCCAAGUGGCAAUGACUUUGGAACAAGGGGCAACAGAUAUUUUUUACGAGUGGCAGCAAGUUGCCCAUAAACUACCCACAGAUCUCUUUAUCAGAGCCACGCCUGUUGGGGUAACUACAAGCGGCAACAUGACGGUCCAAGUUGCUUUCAUAGGCCAGUUUCUUGGACAAAACCAAAAACUUUUCCAAGUGAUGAAUGCGAGCUUUCCUGAAUUGGGAUUGAAGCAAAGCGACUGCAUGGAAAUGAGUUGGAUUCAAUCUACAGUUUUUUGGGCCGGUUACAAAAAUGGAACACCCCCUGAGGUCUUGCUCAAUAGAACCCAGAACAAAUUCUUCUACAAAGUCAAGUCAGAUUACGUCAAACACACGAUACCUAAGACGGGAUUAGAAACCUUAUGGAAAUGGAUGAUGAAAACUGCCGAUAGGAAUUUCCUUGAAAUGAGCCCUUAUGGUGGAAGAAUGGCUGAGAUAUCAGAAUCCGAAACGCCAUUUCCACAUAGAGCUGGAAACCUUUACAAAAUUGAGUAUGGAGUGUACUGGACCAAAGGUAGCAUCCAGGCUACAAAACACUACGUUAAGUGGUCAAGACGUUUGCAUGCUGCAAUGGCUCCAUAUGUCUCCAGCAGCCCAAGGGAGGCAUUCCUCAACUACAGAGAUCUUGACAUCGGCAGCAAUGGCAGCAAUUGUACAGAUUUUGAAGUUGCAGAAGUUUAUGGAGCAAAGUAUUUCAAGGGCAAUUUCCUGAGAUUGACACGAGUGAAGGCCAUGGUUGACCCUCAUAAUUUCUUCAAAAAUGAACAAAGUAUUCCACCAUUUCCAUCUCAAAAUUAA